AUGAAUGUGUCAUCUGCCAAUGUGACCGUGGUGAUAGAGUAUCGGGAUUCCUACACCAAAGCCGUGACCAAGAAUGUGAUCGUUGUGGUUCUCGGCCUCUCCAUAAACUACAUCAAUGCAGCGCUCAUUCAAACCUUUUGCAAACACCAGAUCUUCUACAUGAAUCCACGGUACAUCCUUUUUGUCCACCUGGUGGUCAACGAUAUGAUCCAAGUGACGCUGACCAUCUCAUUGUUCGUAAUCAGCUACGUCCUCUACAAAAUAAAUGUCUCUGUGUGCUGCGCCAUCAUCCUGCUGGCGCUCUUCACCACUGAGAACACCCCUCUGAACCUGGCUUGCAUGGCCGUGGAGUGCUACAUCGCCAUCUGCGUCCCCCUUCGCCACAGUCAGAUCUGCACCGUCAGAAGAGUGCUCAUCCUGAUCGGUUUAAUUUGGGCGACCACCGUCUUGUCCGUCCUCCCCGACCUUUUCGUCACCUUGGCCACAGAGCCGCUGGAGUACUUCAGCUCCCGUGUGUUUUGCCUCAGGGAAACUGCUUUUCCAAACCCCCACAUCAUCAAGAAGAGGGACAUUACAUAUGUUGUGUAUCUGGUCAUCGUUUGGUUUGUCAUCUUUUACACAUACAUCAGAAUUGUGUUCACUGCAAAAACAGCAAGCAAAUACGCUAAGAAAGCCCGAAACACAAUCCUCCUCCACGGAUUUCAGGUGUUGUUGUGUAUGGCAACGUAUACGGUACCGUUUUUGUUAACGGCCCUGCAGCAGUGGUUCCCCAAGAACUUUCCAGAUUCCCUAUUCGCUUGUUAUAUUAUCUUCCAAGUCCUGCCUCGAUCCAUCAGCCCAAUCGUCUAUGGAGUAAGAGACAAAACUUUCAGGAAGUACCUGAAAAGGCACAUGUUAUGUCAAGUAAGGCCACAGGAAUUUUGA